GUAGAAGUCGCUGCGGGAAACCAGGAAGUGAAAUGUGCAACUCAUGUUGGCCACCUGCUGUGGAUUUAAGAAAGACACAUUAAAAAGAGAAAAGCAGUCGUAUAUAAAUCAUACCCACAAAAGGGUAUCCGUUAUGCCAGCAUAGGAGAAGCUCUACCGCCCCCUGUUGCCCGGUUGACGUCACUGAGAAGCGACAGCCGGGUAGAAACGGUGAAACCGGGAGAGGGAGGGAGAGGGAACUACGGGAAUCGCCGGUUACCGGAGGGAAACAGGAGCAAACUUCGACUUAAGUCUUGAGCGAUUAACUGCCAUCAUAUCAAGAAUGAACUGCAGCCACGAGUUCUUUUAAAAAGCCACUCAGCUGCAGGAACGGAUGUGAAUACGAUGGCAGAAGAGCAGCAGUCCCCGCUGAUCCACAGUCUUUUGGAGCCGUUUUUAAAAGAUUUCCAACCAGGAAGUGAAAAGAAAGUCAUGUCGUUGGGGGAGACGAAGGUGGAAGCGAUGGCGUCUCUUAUUGAGCUGCUUUUGGAAACUGUGAUGGAUUUGACUUCCUCAGAGUUCAAGCGUUUUCAGCAGUUUCUCCUGAAUGAAAUUGACUUCGACAGACCUUCCUCAGACUUCCCGUGGAGGCUACUGAGCAGGAGAGACAAGCAGGACACCGUGUUUUUAAUGGUGCUGAGCUACGGCCAACAGUCUUUGACGAUGAUUAAGGAGCAUUUAAAGUAUUUCGAGAGGACCGAUCUGAAGAAUAAAUUGCCUCCAAGCAGCCCGGGACCCAAAAAGAAAAAUUCCAAAGUAGAGCGACCUGCACUGAUCCAGAAAGUAGCAACAAUGGCGGCAGUGAAACAGGUGCUUUUGGAAACCCUCACUGGUUUUAGGAACAAGGAGCUCCAGAAAUUCAAGGAGCUCCUGCAGUUGAUUGUCUCCCAGAAGGAACACCAAUGGAUCUGGUUUGGACCGAGUGACGCUGCAGACACGGUGGACGAGAUGAUGCAGACUUGCGGCCGACGCUCUCUGGAUUUAACGAGAGAAGUCAUGGAGAAAAUGAACAGGAGCGAUCUGAUGCAGAAAUUGUCAGCGUCCAGCUUAGGACUCACAGAGGAACCUUCUGUGGAAAAACAUCACGCUGCACUGUCAAAGCAAAGAUUGAAAAAACAAACAGCAGCUGUGGAAAUGAGUCUUCUACCAAAAGUCAAAGCGUUGAGUAUCGAGGAGUUUGAGAAAUUCAAGUGGCUGCUGCAGUUCACGUAUUUCAGGAAGAGUCUCCCGAACAUCUCAUGGAGCACACUGGAAUGCACAGAAACUGCAUAUCAACUCGUAGUGCUGAUGGAGCACAAGCCACAGUCUCUUGAGGUGACCGAGGAGGUUCUAAUGGACAUGAGGAUCGUCCCGGCGGAGACGUUGCCAGAGACCAGCCGGGGACUCAAAGAGACACGAUCGAAGUCAUGGUCUGAAGAAUGUUUUUAUGUCAGCUCUUCUCCGAAUAAAUCAUCGUUGGGGGAGACAAAGGUGGAAGCGAUGGCGUCUCUUAUUGAGCUGCUUUUGGAAACUGUGAUGGAUUUGACUUCCUCAGAGUUCAAGCGUUUUCAGCAGCUUCUCCUGAGUGAAAUCGCGUUCAGCAGACCUUCCUCAGACUUCCCGUGGAGGCUACUGAGCAGGAGAGACCAGCAGGACACCGUGUUUUUAAUGGUGCUGAGCUACGGCCAACAGUCUUUGAUGAAGCUCAUGGAGCAUUUCGAGAGGACCGAUCUGAAGAAGAAAUUGCCUCCAAGCAGCCCGGGACCCAAAAAGAAACAUUCCAAAGUAGAGCGACCUGCACUGAUCCAGAAAGUAGCAACAAUGGCGGCAGUGAAACAGGUGCUUUUGGAAACCCUCACUGGUUUUAGGAACAAGGAGCUCCAGAAAUUCAAGGAGCUCCUGCAGUUGAUUGUCUCCCAGAAGGAACACCAAUGGAUCUGGUUUGGACCGAGUGACGCUGCAGACACGGUGGACGAGAUGAUGCAGACUUGCGGCCGACGCUCUCUGGAUUUAACGAGAGAAGUCAUGGAGAAAAUGAACAGGAGCGAUCUGAUGCAGAAAUUGUCAGCGUCCAGCUUAGGACUCACAGAGGAACCUUCUGUGGAAAAACAUCACGCUGCACUGUCAAAGCAAAGAUUGAAAAAACAAACAGCAGCUGUGGAAAUGAGUCUUCUACCAAAAGUCAAAGCGUUGAGUAUCGAGGAGUUUGAGAAAUUCAAGUGGCUGCUGCAGUUCACGUAUUUCAGGAAGAGUCUCCCGAACAUCUCAUGGAGCACACUGGAAUGCACAGAAACUGCAUAUCAACUCGUAGUGCUGAUGGAGCACAAGCCACAGUCUCUUGAGGUGACCGAGGAGGUUCUAAUGGACAUGAGGAUCGUCCCGGCGGAGACGUUGCCAGAGACCAGCCGGGGACUCAAAGAGUUGGGAUGGAAAAGUUCUGAAGAAAUUCCUAUUUCCUCCCCUAUACCGAAUAAAUCAUCGUUGGGGGAGACAAAGGUGGAAGCGAUGGCGUCUCUUAUUGAGCUGCUUUUGGAAACUGUGAUGGAUUUGACUUCCUCAGAGUUCAAGCGUUUUCAGCAGCUUCUCCUGAGUGAAAUCGCGUUCAGCAGACCUUCCUCAGACUUCCCGUGGAGGCUACUGAGCAGGAGAGACAAGCAGGACACCGUGUUUUUAAUGGUGCUGAGCUACGGCCAACAGUCUUUGAUGAAGCUCAUGGAGCAUUUCGAGAGGACCGAUCUGAAGAAGAAAUUGCCUCCAAGCAGCCCGGGACCCAAAAAGAAACAUUCCAAAGUAGAGCGACCUGCACUGAUCCAGAAAGUAGCAACAAUGGCGGCAGUGAAACAGGUGCUUUUGGAAACCCUCACUGGUUUUAGGAACAAGGAGCUCCAGAAAUUCAAGGAGCUCCUGCAGUUGAUUGUCUCCCAGAAGGAACACCAAUGGAUCUGGUUUGGACCGAGUGACGCUGCAGACACGGUGGACGAGAUGAUGCAGACUUAUGGCCGACGCUCUCUGGAUUUAACGAGAGAAGUCAUGGAGAAAAUGAACAGGAACGAUCUGAUGCAGAAAUUGUCAGCGUCCAGCUUAGGACUCACAGAGGAACCUUCUGUGGAAAAACAUCACGCUGCACUGUCAAAGCAAAGAUUGAAAAAACAAACAGCAGCUGUGGAAAUGAGUCUUCUACCAAAAGUCAAAGCGUUGAGUAUCGAGGAGUUUGAGAAAUUCAAGUGGCUGCUGCAGUUCACGUAUUUCAGGAAGAGUCUCCCGAACAUCUCAUGGAGCACACUGGAAUGCACAGAAACUGCAUAUCAACUCGUAGUGCUGAUGGAGCACAAGCCACAGUCUCUUGAGGUGACCGAGGAGGUUCUAAUGGACAUGAGGAUCGUCCCGGCGGAGACGUUGCCAGAGACCAGCCGGGGACUCAAAGAGUUGGGAUGGAAAAGUUCUGAAGAAAUUCCUAUUUCCUCCCCUAUACCGAGCAAAUCACGACGAUCCCGUACGACGAGAUAUAGAAACAUAAAACAAUGUUGGUCGGAGGAGGUUUUAAAGGAGAUGGAAUCAUCACUGAGUUCAUCUGAUACCAGCUCAGGAUUCAAAGGACCUUCAGGAGGUUGUGAAAGCAUCAGCGACUCUGGUGAAUGGACUCAACUGGAACCUGAAGAGGACAGGAAAGGUACUGAUGAGGCUCCAACUUACAGCCUGCAGUCCGAAGCAGGAAGCUUUGAAUGCAGCGUCUCUGGCUUGCGCUGGAUCUGCAAUGGAACGGUCAGCUUUAAGUACCAGUUUCUCUACAUGGGGUCUCAUGAAGUCCUCAUGGAGAGGAUCCGAAGCCUGCAAUACAUGCCUGCCGGUCCCCUGAUGGACAUCACAGUGAUUGCUGGGAAGUUUGAUGAAGUGUACCUGCGACACUGGAUCUGCAUCGAAAACAAUCCUGAGAUAUUGGACAAGUUCGCAGUCCUGCACAUAGAGGACUGUGGAGAUGAUGUGGAAAAAGUGUCCCAGGUCACAUCGUCCCAUGUCAAGCUGUCUGAGCCUGUUUUCUCUCUAAAAAUGCUCCUGGUGAGAUGGGGUUGUCGAUUCGAAGUUGACUGUAACGUGUUGAUAUACAAGACCAACACGGACUUCCUCACGCUCCAUGUGUACCUGAUCCCACGUGAUCUGGGUCUGCAGCAGGAAUUGGACAAGAGGAUGUUGUCCUAUGGAUACAAACUCAUCCGAAAGCCACACCCAGAGAAGUCCCUGAAAAUGAAGGAUUGUUUCAUCUUAACCGCAGAUUUGGAAAAAGCAGAGAUUUCUCCUGAGACCUUGAUGCUCCGGUACGAAAGCACAGACCCAAAUUUCUUCGAAGUGUUCAUUGACAAUCCAGAAACAAACUUCAAGCUCAAGCUCUCAAAAGAAAAUGAGAGUCAAGCAGUUUGGACCUGUGCAAUUCGCAAAGAUGUAUACCAAAGCACUGCCGGAGCAGCUGGUGUGAACACCACGGCGCGAGAUGGCAGCGCAGAGAAACACUUUGUGGAUAAACACAGAACUGCGCUGAUCAACAGAGUGACCAACGUUGCGCCCAUUUUGGAUGACCUCAUCGAUGAAGAAGUCAUCUCGAAGGGGGAUUAUGAUGAAAUCAUGGCUCUCACUACUAGGAGGGAUCGGAUGAGGGAGCUCUGUGAUCUCCUGGACGGUUCUGGACGUGCCGGCAAAGACCUCUUCUACAAAAUCCUCGAGAAGAAGGAGAAAUUUCUCAUGAAAGAUCUUCAGAAAAAGGAGUGAAUGUUCAUUCCAAAAAUAACAGUGGAAAGUGUGGGGGGUAAUAUUCAAACGACUGACCUCCUGUUAGAUUAAAAUUAGUGGACUUGUAUGAGAUGUGGUGCCUCUUCCACCUGAUCAGCGAUGCUCAAAAUGAGAUACGUUUUAAUUCAAAUUUGAGCAUCCAUUUGAAUGUUUAUCAGAUAAUCACGUGAGAAAUGAACUAACUGAUAUUUUAAUAUAAAUCAAAACACACUUGAUCAUGAAAGCAGGUUUAACCUCUGAUUUCUAUUCCCAUGUACACUAUUGAGUUCACUAAAUUAUUUUCAUAUGAACUAAAACAUGUUCACCAUGAAAACGGGUUUAACCUUUGACUUUUGGAGCCGUGUGUGUCUGUGUCCCUUCCAGAGUACGCAGAGGAGACGGUUUCAUUUAACGGGACACUUCUGCUUCAGAAAUCAUUUUAAAUCCUUUUAAAGUGUUAUUUCCACUUUCAAGAUCCUUUGUUUUAACCACUGACGCCCAGAUGUUGUGUCAAUACAAAAUAAUGUUCUCUUCCAUUAUGUUUUAAAUUUUCUAUUAUAAUUACUGACUCUUUGUGUCAGGGGUUGCGUGGGAGGCAGGACUCAAAUGCAGAGUUUUUUAGAAAACAAAAAGACUUUAAUAGUCAAAAGGCAGAAACAAAGCAAAAGGCCAACGGGCAAAAAGGCAGGCAGGAACUAGUGACAUCCAGGACAAACAAUAGGAAACAUCCAGGACGAUUGACAGACAAUGACACGACAAGUGACAGGAGACACACACCGC